ACGUGAAAUAUCGAUGUGUCGUCCACGCGCUGCAUAUUUCGCGCGACACGACGAACGUCACUUGUUACGCGUCAAAAACAUCGUGCAAUGAAAGCGUUGAGAGGAACGAUGACGAUGAUUUACCGCGGCGAUUGAUUGUCGGUUGCGCCGAGAGAAAUAAACGGAAUUGAUUCUAGUGGCUAGUUGAUUCGACGUGUGACGCAAAAAAUUAUUAGAACGGCCAACGGUUGCUUGUUGGAAAAAAAACGAUUUCGUAUCCAUCGAUUCGACAACGGACCCAUUAACCCAUCGAUCCGUCGGUUAAUUCGACAAGUAUAAGGCUGGACAAUUCCUUUUUCGAAUAGACAUCUCGAGUGAAAAGACCCAAAGAAAGAAGAGAAGGGGGGGAAGAAAUAUCGUUCGCAACGAUGACUUGCCUGUAUCGGAAAUCGCAAUUGUGCGAAGAUUCGGAAUGGCUGACCUUGGCAUUGGAGAUUUUCACGAAGGCUCAUCGUUUAUUGAAAAAUUUCGUGGAUUUCUACAAGUUCGUCCCUGGAAUAGAUCAAAAAAAAAUAUUUUUAAUUCCUUCUAAUCGCUUGCGAAGAAAGAUAUAAAUGUAUUUGUUUAUCAAAAAAAAAAAAACCAAGGCUUCACUCGAAGAAGUAUCACGCGAUCAAUUACGAGUCGAUCCCUUUGCAUGGAGCCUUGGACGUUGUGACCGCCUCGAUGGCAUCGAUAAUCUGCGUGAGCGUGUUGAAAAAAAAAUGCCAACAAUCGGAUCUCUAUCAAGACAUGUCUCCUUGCGUUCGAUGUCAAGACUUUGACAUUUUGCCGGACGAGGUGGUUCGCAAAAUGAACAUGAUUCUAUUGUGUCUACAAAACCCUAACGACAUCGAGAACAUUAUAUGCCGGAUAAAGGAAGUGUUGUACAUUUUGGAAAAAUUGACGCCGUGCAGGGUAUCGGAGAAAAUACAAACUUUAUCUCUUCUCCUCAAGGAAACGGUGAAAAAGCUCGUUAACUCUUCCCAAACUUUGGAAGAAUCGUUCGACAGUGCGCAAAUCAAGAUGACACUGAAUCUCGUGAACAACUUUAUUCGGGACUGGAGCGAGAAAAGAUCUAAAUCCUAUCCUCUCAGAGUGUGCAGAUUUUGCGAUCGCGCCAUCACUGAAACAACUCGACAAUGGGGGACAUUUUGCUGCGAGGAGGCGUUGAAAUUCAACAACAUCCGAAUCGAGUGGGUUCUCCGUCAAUCGGUCAGUUCUCAUCCACGAUUUCUCUUUCUCUUCUUUGUUCGACCUUCUCGUUACGACGGUUCGAAAGCUACUGAGCAAAUCCGUCUGAACGAGGCGAAAAGCAUGCGCAUUGAGACGCGUCGGUAGUCGCACUCGCGUCUUUCAACGCCAUCUGCCAUUCUCUCGUAUGUAUACACUUUUUUAAGCGUUACGCGAUAACUGUUUCGUCGUGAAUUAUACGAGAAACAU